AUGGCCGAUAACAUGCUGUGCUGCGUAGCAUGUGGAGCGAUGAUUCCUCCAGGCGACAGUUCGAGUAUACUAAGAGAGCGAGUGGAUUGGACCAAGCAGUCGGGUUCUAGAAGGUCAAGCAAAAUCUUCGAGGUGCCGAGUAUGCUGCUGGAGCAGACCAGCUUCGAGAAAACACCUACACUGUGGUCAUCUUACUACAGGACAAUUCUCGAUGAUCCCAGAAAAGACCGUCAGUCCAUAUCCGGAAUAUGCUCGAAUGAUAGUAUUUACGGAAGACCUGCCGCGUUCAGAGCUUUCGCGUUCAGACCUUUUCGCUACAUUCCGCCCGAUCCUCAGACAGCUCGCAUCCUUGGAACUGCACUCGGGAGCAACAAAGCGAGCAUAAGUUUCUGUAUGGCCACUAUGUUCGAGCCCGACCUGAAUAGGAAAAUGGGUAGACGAAUCGGCUAUCCGGUGCAUGUCCACUGCUGGAUGCUCAUGGACCGCGUGAUCGGACACGAUGUUGUCAAAGAGCACCUGUGGGUGUUCAUAGAGGCGCUGCACAAUUUCUGGAGUACACGCUCAGAUAUCUGGGGCAUCGACCUUGUACAUGAGCCUGAGGAAAGCCCUUGUUAUGAAGGUGAUCAAUACUGGCUCAGGAGACAUCGCAUUCGCGACCCCCCACUGCGCUGGCUUCCAAAGGUCCACAGUUCAGGAAACCCAGUCCAUAUCCAGGGCAUUGAAGCAUUGAUCGCACGAGCGACCCAGUCCAGUGACAGCGACGCAGACGCCCAGCCCCAACGAAGAUAUGGCUCAAUUUUUGCCAACGUCCCGUUGGAAGUUGUGGAAUACAUGGUGGAUGUGAUUUUUGAGACCCAGCCUAACAGUAAAGCGGCUCCUGAUGAUAUACGUAACAUGCUGGAGGCCUUUCAGUGGAAGCUGCCUGGCAGCUACUGGAGAUCGCGAUGUCCUGUAAAUCUGUUAUUCGAGCUGGAUGAUCUCAGUCAAAAGGGUGUCACGGUCAACUGGGGGGAAGUCUGGUUUGAACUAGAGCAGCUACUCUUCAGGCGUGAGUGGUACUGCGAAAGCGGUUUAAAGAACCGGGGGCGGACUUUGAAAAUGCUCUAUGAUCUUAAAGAUUGCUUUUUGAACACUCUGAAAGGUGGAUGA